AUGCUUCAGAUAUUCUUUAUCUCUUCUGUUACUGUCUCAGUAAUUUUGACUUUUGUAGGACUCACUGUGAAUCUGUUUAUUGCAGUAGUCAAUUACAAGACUUGGGUCAAUAGCCACAGAAUCUCUUCUUCCGAUAGGAUCCUGUUCAGCUUGGGCAUCACCAGAUUUCUUAUGCUGGGAAUGUUGCUACUGCAUAUUAUUUACGUCAGCUCUCUAAAUGUUGAAAGGUCAGUCUACUUACCCACUUUUUUCCAGUCGUGUUGGAUGUUUUUGGACUCUAAUAGUCUCUGGUGUGUAACCUUGCUCAACGCCUUGUACUGUGUGAAGAUUACUAACUUCCAACACUCAGUGUUUCUCCUGCUGAAACGAAAUCUCUCCCCAAAGAUCCCCAGGCUGCUGCUGGCCUGUGUGUUGAUUUCUGCCUUCACCACUCUCCUGUACCUUGUGCUCCAACAGACAUCACCCAUCGCUGAAUUUGUGACUGGGAGAAAUGGCACAGUAUUUAACAUCAAUGAGGGUGCCUUGUUUUUGGUGACCUCUUUGACCUUGAGCUCGUUUCUCCAGUUCAGCAUUAAUGUGACUUCUGCUUCCUUGUUAAUAAAUUCCUUGAGGAGACAUAUACAGAAGAUGCAGAGAAAUGCCACUGGUUUUUGGAAUCCCCAGACUGAAGCUCUUGUGGGUGCGAUGAAGCUGAUGAUCUGUUUCCUCAUCCUCUACAUUCCAUAUUCAGUUGCUGCCCUGCUCCUUUAUCUCCCUUCUCCUGUAGGGAUGAAUUUAGAAGCCAGGUGCAUGUGUAUGAUUAUUUCUACAUUUUACCCUCCAGGACACUCUGUUCUCAUUAUUCUCACACAUCCUAAACUGAAAACAAAAGCAAAGAAGAUUCUUUGUUGCAACAAAUGGUAG